GACAGAGAUGACGACCGUGACGGUGCUGCUGAUUUUGGGGAUUUGGGGUCGCGGUGGAGUCCUCGGUGCGGGAGGAGUGAAUAAACACAAGCCGUGGAUUGAGACAUCCUACCACGGGGUCAUCACGGAGAACAUGGACACCGUUCUGCUGGAUCCUCCGCUGAUCGCCCGGGACAGAGACGCUCCGGUUCCUUACGCAGGUGAGAUCUGUAAGUUCGAGACCUACGGCGAGGAGGGCGCGUUCAGGGCCGAGGUGGUGAACAGGACGUCGGGCGAGGGAGCGCUGAGAGCCCGCCGCCUCAUCGACUGCGAACAGCAAAAGGAAUUCAGGUUCAUCAUUCAGGCGUUCGACUGCGGCGUCGACCACACCGGAGCCGGCGGGAAAAAAAGCCACAAGGCGGUGGUUCACGUCCAGGUGGACGACGUGAACGAGUUCUCUCCGGUAUUCCGUGAGCCGGCGUACCAGGCCUCGGUGACGGAGGGACGGAUCUACGACAGUGUGGUGCAGCUGGAGGCCUGGGACCAGGACUGUUCCACCCAGUACAGUCAGAUCUGCAGCUACGAGAUCGUCACCCCGAACACACCCUUCGCCAUCGACCGGUCCGGAAACAUCAGGAACACCGAGCGUCUGAACUACAGCAGGCAGAACCAGUACACCAUUCUGGUGAGCGCAUACGACUGUGGUCAGAAGAGGUCGAAGGAGAACGUUCCCGUCCUCAUCCACGUCAAACCCGCGUGCAAACCUGGCUGGCAAGGUUGGAAUAAACAGGUGGAAUAUGAGCCCGGGUCAGGAGACAAGCAGCUCUUUCCCAUGAUGCACCUGGAGACCUGCGACGGACCCUUGUCCUCGGUGCGAGUCACGCUCGAACUGCAGCGGAGCCUCGUGGGGGGCGGCUGCGGCGGCGGGACGCACUCGGAGAAAUCGCUACAGAGACGCUGCGAUGCGGCUUUAGGCAGCGUAAAUCUCCUCCCACCGCCCGGCGCCUCCACCAACUGGACGGCGUCCCUGCGGACGGACGGCGCUCAGGAUCAGGACCUCAUCUUCCACUUCGACGGAAAGCAGGCGGCCGUCGUCCCCAAGGGGGUGGUCCCUCGGAACCUGACCAGGCAGUUUACCGUCGCCACGUGGAUGAAGCACGCCGCCGGUCCGGCCCCGAAGGGCGAGAAAGAGGCGCUGCUGUGCACCUCGGAUAGCAACGGACUGAACAAUCAUCGUUUCUCGCUGUACGUGCAAAACUGCCGCCUGGUUUUCCUGCUGAGGCGGGACUUCCUGCAGACGGAGACCUUCAGGCCGACCGAGUUCCACUGGAAGCUGGACCAGAUCUGCGAUAAGGAGUGGCACCACUACGUGAUCGCUGUGGAGUUUCCGGCCGUGACGCUUUUCGUCGAUGGAGUGAUCUACGAACCCUACCUGGUGACCAGCGACUGGCCUGUUCAGCCCUUACACACUGACCUGCAGCUGACGGUGGGAGCCUGCUGGCAAGGAAGAGACGUGGACACACCACACUUUGUACAGCACUUCCGUGGAAGUCUGUCUGGACUCGUCAUCCACCGUGGAAAGAUGGAGAUCCAGAAGAUCAUCUCCUGCCUGCAGAUCUGCAAGGAGAGUCUGGAUAUCACGUCACUGCAGAACCUAAGGAACGGAGUCAAGUUCCAUUUGAACCCGGGACAGUCGGUGCUGGUGAUGGAAGCCGAUGAUGUGGAGAGCGUAACUUCGGCCAUGAUGAAGGUCUCCUACGUUAACCUCAUGCGGUUCAUCAGUCCAGGCCUGCGCUCAAUACGGAUCUCCACCGCCGUGCAAUGUUUUGAGGAGGACUCGUGUCCCUCCAUCCCUGACAUAAAGGUGAUGGUGAUGGUUCUGGAACCAGGAAAGCCACGUAUAAGCAUCACGGGCACAGAGAGGUUAACGAUACCCGCUAGCAAGCUCCGAGGCCCUAACGGAGUGGCGGUGUUUAAAGAUGUUCACAUCAGCAGCGCCUCCGACCAAAAUAAGAGAGAUUUCCACGCAGAGGAGGUGUACAAUCUAGAUUACUGUGACGUGUUGGUGAUCGGGGAGGAACUGAACCCAGAGCAGGAGAGCCUGCAGAUCCAGCACAGUUCUCUUCUGGGGAAACAUAUCGCUGCCACCAACUCCACCUCCGGCAUCUCCAUCUACGGUGUGGAUUCCGUGGUGAAUUAUGAGCAGACCAUCAGGCAGGUCAGGUACCGGAACUGGAAUCCGGCCGGUCUGUCCCAGAGAGAAUUCCGCCUCAGCUGCUCCGGACUCAACGGCCGCUACAUCAGCAACGGAUUCACCACGGAGAUUGGUGUAGUGCACAACUCCGAGCCAGCGGAGCACGUCAAUCACAUGGCCGUUCAGUCCCAGUACGUGAGACCAGUGCACCAACCAUUGGUGGUUUACUCCUCGGACCACAUCUCAGGUACGCCCACGGUGGCCACGGCGGUGAUAGUGAUUUGUAUCACCGCUCUGGUGGUCAGUGUUGUGCUGGCCAUCUUCCGCCUUCACGCCGCCCAUCAGGAAGAUCUGAAAGAGGAAGAGGACCAGGAGAAUCAUCUUGAAAUGGAUGACUCCAGCGUCAAUAUAACCAUCAACCCCAUGGAGAACGUGAACGGUCCUCAGAAUGCGGAGGAACCAAAGCAGGAAGAUCAUGAGGAGGACAAAGAUGAUGAAGAACUGGAGGAAGAUCUGUCCUGCACAUGUUCAGAGUACAGUGACGAGGAGCAGGAGGAGGGUCAGGAGGGCAAAGUGCGAUGGGACCCCUCUUCCUUACUUUAUUAACACUCAUCUAUACUCACGGCCAUUUUAUUAGAAACACAGUCUCGUUAGCGGAAAUGCCUUGUUGAUGAAAUAGCCAAGCAUCUUUGAACCCUCAGCACUUUAAACCUUGAGGUAGACGAACUACAGUAGCAGAAGACCACACUGGGUUCCACUGCCUUCAGCUAAGAACAGGAAUCUGAAGCUACAUUGGACACAAACGCCAGGUCUGAUGAGUCUCUGUGGUAUCAACGGCUUUAAUCCAUGGCAUCAACCUGCCUUGUGCCAACAGCUCAGGCUGAUGCCGGUUUU